AUGCUACCGAACCGUCCAAAUGAGGAUUUCUGGCUGUCUUCUUUCUUCAAGAAAUGGCCUCAACUCCCAUCACCAGAAGACGUCCGUGCUCAGGCUCGUGCUCAAUAUCAAGCGGGAUCUGCUCCGGACAGACGAAAGACUUUUGGGGGCACAGGCCCACAACGGAACCCACCACCCGCGUCGUUUGAAUUGAUGGGUUUGUUCGUCAAAUGGGGUGCCAACAAUAUGAAUGCUGAAGGUCAAACUCUUUAUGCAAUCCAUCACUUUUUGAAAGGGAGUGUGCCUGUCCCUGAGCUGUAUGGCUGGCGCACCGAUGGAGGUGAGGUUUUCCUUUACAUGGAGUUGGUAUGUGGGCAGACUUUGGAAAACGUCUGGGAUUCACUGAGCCCAGACGAGCGCACCAAUGUUUGUUUACAACUUCAUACUUACAUCUCCAACGUACGAUGCCUCAGGCAGGAUCCCCAAGACCUGUUUAUAGGCAACAUCAGGCGGGAACAAUUGUAUGACAGGGCUAUUGGUGAACAGUUCAUGGCAGAAGCAGGGCCUUUCCAGUCUGUCAAGGAGUUUCAUGACUGGUUCAUUUUCCUCUGCCGGCGCCCCAUGGCAGAUCCUUACUCUAUUCCGAUAGAGCCCUUUCGCGCCGAUCUUCCUGAUGAUUGUGCAAUAAGAUUCACACAUGGAGAUCUCCAUCCAAGCAAUAUCAUGGUAUCUCAGUCAGAGCCAUCGCGGGUUGUUUCAAUUUUUGACUGGGAGCAAUCAGGCUGGAUGCCAGAGUACUGGGAAGAUCGGAAAGCUCACUACACUGCAGAAUUCAAGGGUGAAUGGGCUACAAAGUAUCUGCCCAUGAUACUGCAUCAGUAUGAGAGUACAGUUGAGGCAUGGUGGUGGUAUACAUCAUCAACAGGAUGGUAG